UGUUGCAUGCGUGCUCAGCGGCCAGCCCUUUGACACGGUCAAGGUAAAGAUGCAGACGUUCCCCAGCUUGUAUCGUGGCUUCCUGGACUGUUCCCUGAAGACGUACCAUCACGACGGACUACGAGGGUUCUACCACGGCACAGUGCCUGCUCUUCUGGCCAAUGCAGCUGAGAACGCUGUGCUCUUCGCCUGCUAUGGAACCUGCCAACAAGUCACCAGUAGAGUUUUUGGCCUGGAGAACGUGUCUGACCUCAGUGACCUGCAGAAUGCCUUGGCUGGAACCCUGGCAUCUGUCUUCUCCUCGCUGGUAUUGUGUCCUACAGAGCUGGUGAAGUGUCGAAUGCAGGCCGUUCGUGAGAUGAGGACAGUAGGGAAAGUCUGUCCGUUGUCACACAGUUCAACCUGGUCAGUGGUGAGGAACAUAUUAAAGACAGAUGGUCCUCAAGGCCUCUUCCAAGGCAUGACUAGCACCUGGCUCAGAGAGGUGCCUGGAUACUUCUUCUUUUUUGGGGGUUAUGAGAUCUCCAGAACUCUCUUUACAAAGCCAGGACAGUCCAAGGAUGAGUUGGAUGCUAUCCCACUGUUAAUUAGUGGGGGAGUUGGGGGGUCUGCCUUCUGGUUGGCAGUUUACCCCAUUGAUUCAGUCAAAUCCAGAAUCCAGGUUCUAUCCAUGACAGGCAAGCAGUCUGGAUUCUUCAGAACAAUGCUCUGUAUCAUCAGGACAGAAGGUGUUCCUGCUCUGUACGCUGGUCUAAUCCCUACUGUUCUUCGUGCCUUCCCCUCCAACGGAGCUCUAUUCCUGUCUUAUGAGUGGAUCAGAAGAACUCUCCUCAACCACACAUCUACAGGCUGAGGUCAUAGGAAGCCUGAGUUGAAUGUUCAAACUCUACAGCCUGUUCAAAGCUCUUUCUCAGCAUACACAGCAGUUGUCAGAUGUUUUUAGCUGACAGUGAAAGCCCAGGACAUAAUAUUAUUCAGUUUAUUCUAAGUUCAUACAUUGUCCACCAAGUUUGAAAUUUGGAAGAGAUUCAAAACUAGAUUUCUGGAUAGAUAGAUUAAUCAGUAAAAACAAGAAUAAUCAUGAAACACGUUUAUUUUAUAAUGUAAGCAUUUGUAGUUUUCUUGAGUGUUAGAAUCUCCAUACAUUUUUGAGAUGUCGAGUAAAAUAUGUCCAGCAGAGGGAGUCCUUUCUGUCUUUGCCUUUCUGUCUGUUUGUCUCUGACUGUUUGUGUCUGACUGUUUGUCUGUCUCUCGUGUGUGCGUGUGUAUACACGCUGUACUAUCCUGCUUUAGGUGUGUAUACAGGCUGUACUAUCCUGCUUUAGGACCAACAAUCCCCACAGGUAUAGUAAAAACCUGAGGGAACUUUCUGGUCACUAUGAGGAAAAAGGCCAUUUUGUUAAGGUGUAUAGGAUUUAUGGUUAAGGUUAGAAUUUAUCUCAGGGAAAACAGGAAGAUUGAAUGGUAAUAAAGUUUAUUGUCAUCACAAAGAAUAUUCCAUGGAUGCAUAGAGGUGCC